AUGGCGGACUCGACACGUGCGAAGAGAGUUCAGCCGUCGAGAGAGCGAAGAGAAUCUACGGUGAAGCGAGCACGAUACUCUCCUGCGCCGCCCUCUACGGCAAAGAAAGCAGUGGCUGCAGGCAAACCCGCAAGUCCUGCUUCUGAUACGAAACCGAAGAGAAAAUACACCAAACGGACGAGUACGGCUAGGACGUCCACUCCUCGAGAAACUUCGACGCCGCCCGUCGAGGAUAUCCUGCCAACGAAAGUGACCAAUUCCAAACCGCUACCAGUAACUAAGCAGAAGCAAGCCUCCAAAUUGUCACCCAAGGACUACCAGUCAGUGGCAGAGAGCGCUAUACUAGCUGCCUCACUUCACCGGUCACGCAUGCAAUGGCUGUCGGAUGGCAUUUUCAAGAAAUACUGGGUCAAGCCGGUCAAGAGGAAGGGUGUAGUUGAGCAACCGCCGAACAACCCAGACGCGAAGUCCAUGACAAAAUUGGGCAAUGGCACAAUAAUCAUCGAUCCUCACAAGUUUGACGUCACCUUCUACACAGUCCGCGAGCAGGCUCCCGUACCGGCUCCGGCGCCUUCUUACUACAAACAUCCAAAUCAACAUACACCCAAGCUUCCAGCUUCCGGCAUAGCAGCGAUGGGACCCCCUACCACACCCUUCACACCAACAGCGAGUACUUCACCUGCGCCCCCGAAUCCUCCAACACCGCAGCAACCAAGUGUGGCACCGGUCAGCACACCAGUGGUGAAACAGGAAAGUACGGCUCCAGCUUCGCAACCUGUAGUUGCAUCGCCGGCCCCUUCGACGCCAGUGGGUAAUCCACCAACUCAGCAAACCAUUCAGGCGCCGGCACCGGCGUCCAAAAUGAAUUCGGAUCCUGUCAUACAAAUGCUGGCGGCGAGGGCAGCAACUGAUCCCCAGCUAAAGGAAUUGAUGAAAGUUGUUGCCACAUCUAAGGCAACAGCGGAACAGUUGAAGGAGUUCCAGAAACACAUUGACGAAUUCAACGCAGUUGUCAAGAAGCAGGAAGCUGAGAAAGCGGCGAAGGAGAAACAGCAGGCGCAGCAGGCACAACGGGCUACGCCACAGCAACAACAACAACCGCCGCCGACAGCGACAGCAAACCAGCCAGCCGUUCAGCCAUUGCCGAAGCAAGAAGGUCCUACGCAGCCAGCAGCAAGUCCAGCAACACAGCACGCAGCAGGAGCCGCAGUGGCAACGACUGCUACGGCAGCAUCGCGGGCUGCCAGUUCACCAGCUGCGGCGACGCCCGCGGCCAUUACUGCUCCGUCGUCCAACUACAGCACACAAGCUUCGCGCCCGCCCACUCAAUUCCCGGCGUACGCACCCCCUCGGAUGGAAGCCAUCAUCAAGCAUAUAGUGGUGGAAUUCCAUGGGGAAGGGACCUCGACGGACCGAUUCCUUUUCCCCGACUAUGCGGCACUGGAUCUUCGCUAUGGCGGACUUGAAAUGAUGGCAUCAUUCCUCGUUGUACGGCCCGGAUCCGAGAUCAGUGCGGCUCUCGGCGAGGGUAAUUCGGACGAGGAUACAGUAACUGCCGUCAAGUGGAAAGCGGAUGUCGAGUACUAUCAGCCAAUCUCCAUCUCAGUGCGGGCGAAUCAGCACCGGACGAUUGAGACGAUAGCACGGGCAGCACGGACACUGCCAGAAGUACAGGAGCAUAUGAAAAAAGUUCUCGAGACCAAGACACGCGCGCCGGUGGAGUAUCUGGUGCACCAACUCCCUCGCGACAAGGGUGUGGCUGGUUCAGAGGUCCCUUCCGCCGAGAUGGUGGACAGUGGGGUGGAGAUGGGCAGCGACGAGGAAGACGACGAGCUCAAGGCUUUUUAUGGCCACGACUGA